AUGGCAUCCUCCACCCCAAUCCAACUCCCAAUCAUCAACAUCUCUGACCCAACCGACGCCGCGACGGGUCGAGAAAUGCUUGCGGCGGCGGUGAAAUACGGGUUUUUUUAUGUGCAUUCCCAGGGCAGUGGAUUUUCGGCGAAGGAGGUGGACUCAACUUUUGAUCUUUCCAAGAAGUUCUUUGCGCUGCCGAGUGAGGAGAAGGAGAAAUGCCGGAUACGCACUGAUAAUCGAGGGUGGUCAGGAAUGCAUUCUGAGAUUCUGGACCCGGAGCAUCAACGGGUAUGCCAAGUACUCGCUCCUCUUCAUGAACAUGCGCAAGGCAAUAGUAACCAUCACAGAGCAUUGAAUCUAGGCGAAUUCAAAGACGGGAAACUGCAACAACCACUUCCACCAGCCCUCGCCGACGACGAGCCCGAGAUCGCGCACUUCGCCACACUCUGCAACAAGACCUGCGCCGCAGUGCUACGACUACUUGCAUUGGGCCUAGAGAUCGAUUCCGACUACUUCGUCACCCGCCACGACCCCUCCACUGGCCCAACAGGCUGCGUUCUCCGCUUCCUGUACUACCCCUCGCUCACCUCCCCGGUGUCAUCGAGCUACCAGCACGACAUCGAUGUGCGCGCCGGUGCCCACUCGGACUACGGAAGCAUAACGUUGCUUUUCCAACGUCCCGGACAACCGGGUCUUGAGAUCCUCACGUCAGAGGGUACAUGGGCGCCUGUGCCUGUCUGGCCUGGCCAGCCUCAAACCAACGACAAGGACGAGGAGAAAGGAGGGUUCCCGCCCAUAUUGAUUAAUAUCGGCGACAUGCUGAGUUUCUGGACGAACGGGCUGCUCAAGUCGACGGUGCACAGGGUGGUGUUUCCGCAUCCGUCGUCAUCGGAGGUGAAAGAGGAUGAGGAUAGGUAUAGUGUGGUAUUCUUCUGUCAUCCGGUGGAUAGCACGAAUCUUGUCCCUGCGGUGCCGAGUCCGUUGGUGGCAGCUGCGGAGAAGAGGGUUGAGGAAGGCAAGGUUGGGUUUGGAGGUGGAGCGGGUUCGUUUGGGGAGAAGAGGACGAUGACGGCGCAGGAGUAUUUGAAUAUGCGGUUGACGGCGACGUAUGGUGAGAGGGAGAAGGUUACGGUCUAG